AUGUCGGCAUAUCUGAAAAUACUACUAUUGAACUCAAGGGUCCAUGUCAAUCUUUUACUUGGUAACUACAGACGUGCUCUUACUGAUGCUGAGGACUCAAUUAAGCUCUGUUCCACUAAUGUCAAGGCUUUGUACCGAGCUGCCAAAGCAUCUUUUGCAUUGAACUUGUUGCCUGAAUCAACUAUGCAUUGCCAAAAUGGGAUUAAGCAUGACCCAAGUAACGAAGAGCUAAAAAAGCUGUUAAGGCAGAUAGAGUCAAAGAAGAUGGAACACGAACAGCGUGAGGCUCAAGUUUCCAAGGCUAUAUCAGAGGCUAAGGACCUUGUUUCCGCGAUCAAAAGUAGAGGGCUGAAAAUUGGGAAGGCAAUGUAUCAAGAACUUACAGGAUUAAGAAAGCCUGUAUUAGAUAAGAAUAAUAUUCUUCAUUGGCCAGUUCUUCUGCUGUAUGCAGAGGUUAUGUCCAGUGACUUCAUUGAGGAUUUCUGUGAGACUGAAAUGUUGUCAGCUCAUCUGGACAUGAUGUUUUCAGAAAGCUGCCCGCCUUUCUCAUGGGAUCAGGAACAAAAUUACACUCGUGAAGCAGUUGAAUUAUACUAUGAAGAAAAUGAGCAAGUUCAUCUAUAUUUUGGAUUGCUUGCAUCAUAUUUGACUUCUGAGAGUAAUUGGCUAAGUCUCAGGAGUUUGACCAUAUCAUCUACAUGA